GAAACUUGAAAAUAUAGGUAGAAUGUUCAAUUGGAAGCAAUACAAAAAUAGACUGAGGAAAGAAGACAUGGAUCUGCCAACAUUUGAUUUGUCAAUCAUUGCUAACGCCACCAACAAUUUUUCAAGCAUAAAUAAAGUGGGGGAAGGUGGAUUUGGACCGGUCUAUAAGGGUACACUAAUAGAUGGGCAGGAGGUUGCCAUAAAAAGGCACUCAAAGUCCUCUGACCAAGGAUUGGAAGAGUUUAAAAAUGAAGUUGCAUUGAUUGCAAAACUUCAACAUCGAAAUCUUGUAAAUCUUCUUGGUUGUUGCAUUCAAGGAGAGGAAAAACUGUUGAUCUACGAAUACAUGCCCAACAAUAGCUUGGACUACUUCAUCUUUGAUGAACAUAGAAGCAAGCUCUUGGAUUGGAUUCAGCGUUUCCACAUUAUUAGUGGUGUUGCUAGAGGACUUCUCUAUCUUCAUCAAGACUCUAGACUGAAAAUUAUUCACAGAGAUUUGAAGACCAGCAAUAUCCUACUAGAUGCCUAUAUGAAUCCAAAAAUUUCAGACUUUGGCCUUGCUCGGACAUUUUGGGGAGAUCAAGUUGAAGCCAACACAAAAAAAGUGGUCGGAACAUAUGGAUACAUACCACCAGAGUAUGCUGUGCAUGGUCAUUAUUCAGUAAAAUCAGAUGUCUUCAGUUUUGGAGUAAUAGUAUUAGAGAUUGUGAGUGGGAAGAGGAAUAGGGGGUUUUCUGACCCAGAACAAUACCUAAAUCUUCUUGGACAUGCAUGGAGACUAUGGAAUCAAGAUAGACCAUUGGAACUGAUAGACAAACACUUGGCUGAAAGUGGCAAGUCUUUUGAAGUCAUAAGAUGCAUACAUGUUGGUCUGUUAUGCGUACAAGAGAAACCAGAAGACAGGCCAGACAUAUCCUCUAUUGUUCUUAUGCUAAAUGGUGAGAAAACUUUGCCUCAGCCAAAGGCUCCUGGAUUUUACACUGGAAGUGAUUUGCCUAACGCAGAAGCUUCAUCUAGAAUGUGCAAUCCGUUCACCCUAAAUAAGAUGUCCAUUACAAUGUUUGAAGCAAGAUGA